AUGGCAUCAGCCAAUAGUUCCCGCACUGUCAUCAUCAUUUCAGAUGAGAUGGAUGAACAGCCCCUGGCACAAGGGACGCGAAGGUCACAAAGAAAGAGAAUCUUUACAGACUACAGCUAUCCAAUCUAUGAUGGUCCAUCCAAUGAUUUAGUGUCCUCUGAUGCUCUGGAGUCUGAAAUGGAGCGGCCACUGAAAACACAAAAAAUAUCCAACCUGGACAUGGUUUUGGAAACAGCAAAUCAGGAAAUUUAUACCAUUUUCAAGGCAGAGUGUGUGAAGAGGAAGAAGCUGGAGGAAGAAGUGCAGCACCUGUGUGCAGAGAUGACUAUAAAGGAUGAGAUGUUCUGCAACCUUGAGACUAAAAUCUAG